GGGCUUUUAAACUACAACACGCUGCCACACACGAGCUUAUUAAACCCACACAUAGUUCUCCGCCAUGCUGCCGAAAAUAGAAUGCGUUACAUCGUCACAGCGAAUAGAUACACAAAACUGAAAGGACUACCUGGAGAAACAAGCGGAUUGUAUACUCCCAAGUACACCUAUAACCUGAAACGUGUAACAAGGUUCAUGAAAUGUAUUGAGAGGGGGAUCACAGGAAAUUUUGGAAUCAGGGCACUUUUGUUGAAGCCCCAUGACGCUCACCAUACUCACAGCCCAAUCUCAGUCAAAGGUAAUUUUCACUCUCGUCCGUCACAAAUAAUAAAUCGGUAUUUUGCUCACAAAUGCGCCAACCUCAAGAACAGUGUAGUACAAUAUUUCAUGAGCGUUACAGGAAACGCUAAAGCGGGAACAGAAAAUGUGGACGUCAGACCAAUCGGACAUGGACGGAGCCAAAUCAAUCAAUGUUUCUGUAGGUUUGUGACUGACUGGUCCUCACAACUUUUUUACUCGAACCGGCCCCCGUGUAGAUCAAAGUGGAGAGUAAAUAGAAAUGAAUCGUCACUGAAUUUCUGGAACAGAACUGGAAAUAAUCCAUCCACUUUCGGAGUUCUCGACACGGCCGGUCACAACGUGAUUCCAUCAGAAAACCAGGAGGUCUUGUUUACACCAAAUGCGGUCUCUACAUUUAGACCAUUGCCGAUAGCAGCUACAUCCUCAAAUCCAAACCCACUUUGUGAAGAAAACAAAGACGCACCCAUUUUGCAGGUGGACAGAGUGUCCACAAACUUGGAUACUCCAUCAACUCCGGCCUCACGCUUACACUGUGAUGUUGUGCAGCGGUUGCAAUCACUAAUGCAAAGAACAUACAGAGAAAGAAUACAACAAAUGCCCGAAACUGCCAAGUCCGACUUGUUCCGUGGCGUGUCUCUGGAGGAGUUGGUAGGUGGGAGUCCGGAACGUGACUUUCUCACCUGCAAUACAGUUGGUCAAGAUACACCAGCCAUCAGGUUUCAUUCGUUCGGAAGACAGAAAGAGGGAAAUUUACCCAAUGCAACUUGCGGCACCAAAGAAAAAACCGCGUUGGUUUCAUCACAUCCAGAGCGAGAAAUCAGCCGGCUACCAAAACGUCUCCUCAAAAUGAGUGAUUGCAAACGCGGAAACCAUUUUGAGCUCUCUACAGGUCGCACGUUUGCCAGAGGGGUUGCUGGCUGCGAUGUAAUCGCCACGCAGUUGGUCGCUACUCGUAGUGAAUUUGUGAAAUACAACUCAACUUGCGAAACCCAGGAUGGACUUGGCACUCCAUUUAGCUCGCAGCUUCUUGUCCCUGUCACUGACUUGCAGCAAUGCCACACACCUGAAAGCAAAUCCGCAUCUCCGUCGCAGGCAACUGUGGAAGCUCGCCCCAAUGUUGAUGAGGUGCGCCUAGCGGAUCCACUAGGAAUUAGCAUGGGUUCCACAAUCUCCACAAGUCCACAAGUGAUCCCAACGCACCGGACUAUCAAUGACGGAGUUCAAACCGAUUUAACUGAGCACUCAUUUGUGACCCAUCAGCUACAACUUUUGAAAUUCUGUACCUUGAAUGCAGCCCUGCAUUCCGGUGACAUGUGCAGCCAUGGUCAACUUGCGAAUCUCCCCCAUCAAGAACGAAUGAAUGCGAGCAAGUUUUUUCAAAACCUGUUAGAAGACCAGCCAACCUAUAUGAAGUCAUGGGAUUCGCAACAAAUGGAGGAGCAGAUAAAACAAAGUGUGCAGAGUACAGUGACUAGCAUGGCGCAUGUUAAUUACACACCCCAUUCUAGUGAGGCAACGUUACACAGAAGCGCAUUACGGGGUUUAUCUCCUUCAGAUGAUCAGCAAGAGUUUAGUAGCCCGGUAACAUUCAUGCCUUCAUACGUAAGAAGAACGGACUCUUGGUCGUAUUGGCCAUGUGCUGCGCCAUUUAUGGUCACCACUACACCAAAGUUAAAUAAAGAGUACACCCUAGAACAGCCAGGUCUUCUGAGUACGACUGGCCGAACUGGCCUGAAGCUAUUUCGCAGGAGACGCGCUUGUAAUCUGCGGCGCAGUUUGGUGGCAUGCUCGGGUGAGUCCAAACACGCGUCUUCAUCAGAAAGUGAGGAGACCACUGAUGAUACCGGAUCAACGGACCUAAGCGAUAUGUGUGCACCGAAGGGAUCCACUCGUCCCGAAGCGCCGUCUCCCAUAGGGGUACCAUCUGACGUCAACCUAGAAGGAAUAAACACACUAAAGUUGCAUGGUGAUCAUGCUUCACAUGCGUCCAAUGAGCAGGUGGAAAGGAGCAGUGUGCUUCAACAUGUUGUAAGUAACCAGCCCACAUACCUUAAGGAGCGACUGCAUCCAUUGGUCCCUGCAUCGCAUUCCUGCCGUUUCAGGAAACCGCACCUGGUAAGACAGCACAGAGUCGUCGACAUAACCAUAGACGCGGGAUACUAUCCGUCUAAAUGGUCGGUUGAAAGUGACGACGAUUUACAUUCAUUUUACUCCAGGUCUGAUGGCAAUCGCAUGCGGUUAAGACAGUUUAAACCUGCGAACGAAAACGUGCUCAAUAACGGAGCCGUGGGUACGGCAGCUAGUUCACCCGCAUUUCCUUCAGAUAAGCGCAGGUGUCAAAAGUCCAGUACUACUCGAGUCAAACAGUUUCGGACAAAUCUCGGACUCCAGGCUAAUGCGUCCAAGACUAUACAGCGUACUAGCGGACUACGUUGCCUGAAUACGCCGCUUCAGCCAAUGGUUCCUUUGAGAUGCCGUAAGUGUGAGUCGCCUAAGGUGCUAACGCAUUACUCACCCAAAGGGCGCCGUGAUUCUAUUAACUUACGAGGACCUAUCAGACCCCAGAGCGCGUCAGGUUAUGCACCACGUAUCUCACACACAAUGCACAUGGCAAACGAAGCACAACAGACUUGUAAAAACCAUGGAGGAACAUCUCACUCGGGGGGCUGCACUCCAAUUUAUGGAGGGAGGUGCAAUAGGCGGACAACGCCGCGCACGAAUGUGGCAAACACCUAUCCCACAAUAGAGGACCUGGUGACACAUUGCGUUAACGCCACUAGAUCUACCGCCGCACCAAGCAAAACACAAAAUCGAAAAUCUAGGCAAUGUUCGAUGCCGAGACAAACCUGGAUCCCAAGUUCCGGUGGAGUUGGAGUACAAGAUCUGCAAAAAUUGAUAGAGAUGUAUAUUGCCGACAGUGUAGCCUCCAGCAACCUAGAUAAAUCUGCUGAUUCCCGAGCAAAGCGACCUAGUGCCCCUGGUUCGGCGUUGGACCAUAUGUGUAAACGGUACCUCAGAACGUUUGGUGCGCGACCUAAGAGUUGUGAAAUUAAAAGCCUUGGAACCCUUCCGUUUGUAACGCAAAAUUCGCGCCUCCGCAAGCAAUCGGCUCCCCCGGAUGGCUUGAGGAUGCACAGUUCAUGCUCUGGCAAGAGUUUCGAUGGUUCCAUGAAUGCUACCCAAUUGUUUAUUGGAGGCGGUACUCAAAACGCAGAAUUUUCGGAGGUAUCCAUGGAAUCUCACAAAGAUACAGUGAUGUUCUCGUGUCAGCCUUCACCUAGACCCGAUCCUAGGAAGAUGGUAGAGAGAUCGGAAUCUGAACAAUAUGGUUUCGCCACACUAAGCUCAGUUAACCGAAACUUCACUGGUAACGGUGCACUGGAUGAUGCAUCCUCUUCUCAGCUUCGAGCAGUGGAUCAGAGAAUUGGAGAAGCUCUUCACGGCACACUGGAGCGCAUCCUGUUUGACGCAGCGGAUCAGUUGGCCUCACUGGCAACAUCCACACAAUCAAGCCGCUCACUCAAGCUGGUGUCUCGGUUAGAUUUUAUCGAAGACUCCGUGGAUGAUUCCACAAUCGAUAACCGAGAGCCCUGUGUCAUUCGGUCAUAUGAAUUUGUGCACCAAACGCCACAAACUAGCUCAGGUGACCAAAAGUCCAAAACGAUAUUAGUUAACAGACAGCCGGUGGUGAUCGGGGCUCGAUAUUCGGAAGAAAGUUCAUCAAGUUUGCUGAAGCAAAGAACAGGCUCAGGGCUUUGGUGUUGCGCACAUCGGACGAAGGAGUACAGGGCUCGUUCUAGAUGACCCAUAUGCAGUCGCAUUUAGUGAAUGAACACCCCCAAGUGCCUUUCGCCACUGCUAUCCAUAGUCGCACUAUGAUGUGUCGUAUUCUUCAGGAUAUGGCAUUUAGUGGACUCAUUUUACAUUUCAACCUACGGCCAUUGUCAAGCAGCCUUCCAGCUCAUCCACAGUGACGUUUUUUUGCUGCUUACAUAUUAGCCGAUUGCAUUGUUUUAUUUUUGCUUAACUGCUUGUCUCCAGUCUUUGGAUUCUGUUUUGUCAAAUGAUUUGUGCUUCGUCCCUCGCUAAAGCUAUUCAUUCUGAUAUAUCGUGUGUUUGGU